GCACGUGCGGACUGACCAUUUGGAAACUCGGGCACUGCCCGAGGGUCGGGGUCAGUAGGGGGCCCCAUGAGAUGCCCCUGGUACCUUUUUUAUAGGCUUUUUUGAGUUUGGGCAAGGACACAGGGGCCCCAUGAUCCCCUAUUGCCUGGGGCCCCAUGAGUUGUCAGUCCGCCCCUGGUCGUCAGUGGGAAGAAUUGCCCUUACAUUGGUGGUCAGUGGGAGGAAUGUCCCUUUCAGUGUAGGGGGCCCCAUGAGAUGCCCCUGGUACCUUUUUCAUAGGCUUUUUUGAGUUUGGGCAAGGACACAGGGGCCCCAUGAUCCCCUAUUACCCGGGGGCCCCAU